CCGCGGCCGGAAGGGACGCCGCUGAGCGCGGCAGGCGGGAUGGCGACCGAGAGGCCGGGGCCGAACGGCCGCAGGAAAUCAAGAAGUCAUCCUCUGACUUACUCAGUUUUGCUGAACCCCUGUUGGUUUUUGUUCCUGAUGUCUCAAAAGACUAUUGCUUCUCGCCAGCUAGAAGACCUCAGUCUUCCCCAGAAAGGCAGUGGAGCUGGAAAGAAUAAUCCGGGAGGAGCUGGCCAUCUUCAUCCAGUCCCAUCUCCCAGCUGCUGACCUGAGUGAGAUGGAUGAAGUGUUCUUCUCUUAUGUGACAAACGUUCUGGAAGACCUGGGAUCCCCCAAAUCAGUUGAGGAGAACUUUGACAUGGAGGCCUUUGUUGAAAUGAUGGAAGCCCACAUCCCAGGCUUUGCAGAAAUCAACAGUGGGAACGUUUAUGGGAUGAUGUUUUCCCUCUCAGAAAGGCUUUGUGAAGCCCGCAGCAAACAAAUCACUUCUCCGACUCCUGUGCAGAACAGAAGCUGGGUACCUUCCGAAGCACAGACCACCACUGAGGAAGAGGGUGCAGGGACCACUGAGGAAGACCAGCUGUCGUAUUCAUCAGUAGGGGAAGCCCUGGCACAGGACCCUCAAGGCGAACUAGUUGAUGCUGUGGACAUGGUGCUGGAGAUGUUCCCAGCAUGCACCGUGAGCAAGGCUACAAAGGUGCUGGGCAUGGCCCUGGGGAACCUGGAAGAGGCAGUGCAAUUCCUCCUGGAGGAGGAGCCGCUUGGCAUGGCGGGCACCACUACCAUGCAGGAAGCUUCAAGACCUGGCAAAUCAUGCAAGCAAGAUGAAUGCAAGCAGUUUAUCUUACAGAAGUACAUGAUGGUGGAUAGUGAAGAAGACCAGAAGACACACAAGCCAGCCCCACCAAAGGAGGCUCCCAAGAAGUUGAUUCGCUACAUCGACAACCAGGUAGUCAGCACCAAAGGGGAGAGAUACAAGGACCUCAGGAAGCCGGAGGGCGAAGAGAUGAAGAAGACAUACAUCAACCUCAAACCAGCCAGAAAGUAUAAAUUCCACUGACUGGUGCUCAGCCCCCACCUUCUCUCUGACAACUGCCGGAAUCUUCUGCAGGAUGCAUUGGAUGGGGCCUGGAACACCUCCUGUUUACUGACGCAAGUGGCGUAGCGCUCCAGAGGCAGGCGCCACCGCAGCAGGGGCGCAGGGUGCACACAUGCACCAGGCACAGUUCCCCCUCGCUCUGCCCUUGGACAUCCCAGUUAGAGAGGAACACCGUCUGUGACCCCAAGAGCCAACAGUACACACUCCACCACAGGAUACAUUGUGGGGAAUCAAGGAGACACUGCCACACCUCAGGGCCUCCUCUUCCCUGUUCACAAGGAUUUCCGGAACCAGGCUGUUCUGCUCUCUAUCUUAAGCCUUUAGAAAUCUGCAUAACAUAGUCACUUUCACCUGGUAGAAAGCAAGAACCAACCUGUAAGACUGCACAAUGGAAGUACAGUUUUGUCUGGAGCAAAGUCCUGUGCUACCUUUGAACACCCAUCUGGUAAUGUUACACAAAUACUCCAUCCCUAGCAGUAGACCCCAGGCCGUGCACGCACACUGGAAACCCUACAGCCAAGUCAUGCUCACAGAAGGUGCCACCGGAUGAGGAGAAGGCAGCCGGAUGAGGUUGUGUGGGGGCUUUCCUUCUCAGCACUCCCUCCUGUAAAAACACCCUCUCGCCCCUUCCCAGCAAGCUGUGCUUACAAGUAAUUCUCCCAAAUCGCCACUCAUUAAUGGAAUUCCAGACGAACUGGAAUUCCUUGUUGGGCUGCUUCUUUGCACCCACACUGCACUGGUAAGAGUCUGCCUUUAAAUGCUCAUACAGUAUACAAGCUGGCUGAUAUGCAGAUAGGCCUGCUUUUCUGAGCCCGUCAUGGGCACACACACACACACACUGCUAGUCCAAGACAGGCACCACACCUUUCGGCCCUUCCCCUUCUUAGCAGCAGUCCAGUCUGCUAGAUCUGGAGGUUGAUGAAUGGGGCGUAGCCCACCAUGCCCUGCAGAAGAACCACAGCCAGCUGCAGCGGAGGUUCCACGUCCAGCUCCACCCCACGGCUGCGCAGGACGCUCAGACUGGACUCCACCACAUCGUUGCAGUGCUUCACCUUCAAGGCACGCAGCUUGGGACAGUAUUCAGCCAGGGUCCUACCAAAAGAGGGCGGAAAGAGUCAAGGUCACGAAAACCAGACAGAGUCCCUGGACAACACUGCAGGAAGCACAAAAAUGGGAGUCUUUGAUAGAAGAUUGGGCUGUGAUAAGCAGCCACUUCUAAGGCAAGAGAUACCAAACUGCCCUAACUUCUGUAACCCCAGACCUAUAACCGAUCAAGAUGUCUUAUUCUAUUGACUGCCCUGCAUCAUCUGCCUCAAGCCUCAGUGAGAAAAGCAGACUGUGAACAUUGUGAAUAAAUAAAUACCGAAAGUCAGCACA